AUGGAUGAAAUAGAUCGCCAUUUCACGAGCGGCUUCAACGCUGCUCUUGAGCUCCGCGAACAACACCAAUUCGAUGAGUGUAUCGAGGCCUUGCGCAAACUGCUCGCCCAUCACGCUAUUCCUAGAUACCACCGUAUGAGAUGUCUCACAAUGCUUGCAUGCACUUUAGAAGACUGGCUUGAGGCAUACACCUGUUACGUCAAGGGUGAAACCAUGUGGCGUAUCACGAAGCACUGGCAUCGUAACGGCACAAACCCGACCGUGAACAGGACGCUGGAUGAACUUCAUGAGACUUUGGAAGAAGUAAAUUUACUCGAAGACGACAUACGACCUGAGGACACACCAGUUCCGGAUGUUGAGGCUAAUGUGCUUCAUGCGAUAGCAGUAUACACUGCUGGGAUGUGGCAACAUUAUGAGAUGGCGGAGGCAGAAGAAGAGACGUGGUCAGAGGAUGAGAUGAGCGACGAAGAGGAAGAGGGCGACGAAGAGAAAGUGGACGAUGGAGAUACAGUGGCCGACGAAGAGGAAGUGGGCGACAAGGAACCCAAAGUCAAGGUCGAGCAGAAGGCGAGCGACAAAGAGGAGAGCGAGGCGCAGAAGGCUAGCGAAAAGGAGACAGCGGUACCGGAUCAAGAGCCAAAGGACGAGAUGGUGCUACCAUACCGUCCGGAACACAUACACUGA